GAAGGAGGGGGAGGAGAAGGAGGAGAGAGAGAGAGAAAUGAGCUCCUCAUUAUGACCAUUAGAGCUCUGGAGUCCGAACUCGGUUCUUCCGCAUGAACACGCAGGUCCAGUGGCUUGGUCAAUAAACAGACGUUGCAUCCAGUAUACUAUGAUGAAGAUCUGCUCACGACCUGAAGGGGGAGAUGACUAAAGAGGAAGUGUUGAAGGAGUCCUCGGAAGAAAACGCAGUCCUGGACCGGUCCAGUGUUCUUUCCAACGCUCCUGCUCGCCCUGUUAUUCACCAGGUGGCAUCUGCACCCAUGCCCUCUGACUCUGACUUCUCUUUCUUCGACCCCAGUGAUCCGCAGUGCAGGGUGGUGCUGUUGGAUCCCCGUACCACGGUCCCUGAGCUAUUUGCAGUGCUCAGACAGUGGGUCCCUCAAGUGCAGAAGAACAUCGCACUCAUCGGUAACGAGAUUCUGAAGAGAGGUUGUGGUGUCAAUGACCGAGAUGGGCUUACUGACAUGAGCUUGCUGCAUUACUGCUGCAAAGCUGGUGCACCAGGCAUAGGUGAUGCAGAGAGCGCAGCGAGUUUUGCCCGGAAACUCUUAUCUCUGGGAGCAGACCCGUCUCUGCGCAGCCGCUGGACCAACAUGAGCGCCCUUCAUUACGCUGCCUACUUCGACGUUCCUCACCUCAUCCGUGUGGUGUUGCAGGCGUCACAGCCGGGAGAAGUGGAUGCCACCUGCAGUGAUUUUGACUUCGGCACCGCCCUGCACAUAGCCGCUGCUAACCUCUGCACCGCUGCAGUCCGCUGCCUGCUAGAGCUCGGAGCUAAUCCUGCAUUCAGGAAUGAUAAGGGACAGUGCCCUGUAGACGUGGUGCCCGAGCCUCUGGACAUGCCUCUUGAGAUGGCAGAUGCUGCAGCUCAGGCCAAAGAACUGAGGACUAUGCUGAGGGACGUUCUACCCCAACCCGUCACUCCUCGGCCUCUCUUGCUUGGGCAACCCCUUGACCUUCACUCCGAGAAAGCCCGAGCACAUCUCGCUAAUAUGGGUAUCUGUCUCGGAGACAAAGUCGUCAUCGCCGGCCAGAAGAUAGGGACCCUGCGGUUCUGUGGGAGCACCGAGUUUGCCGGGGGUCUGUGGGCUGGUGUGGAGCUUCAGCAGCCAGACGGGAAGAACGACGGAUCUGUGGCUGGUGUGCAAUACUUCACCUGUCGUAUGAAACACGGAAUCUUUGCCCCUCUUUCAAAAAUCAGUAAAUUCUCUGAGCGACGCAGACCCAUCCCUCGUCACCCCGCCGCUCCUCUCCGCCCUCUUCGCCACAUCGACCUCUCCCGGGUCAAGUCGAAAGUCAACACAGGUGCUCUGUCACGCAGCUGUUCCACAUCCUCUUCCUCUCUGGAUUCCAGACACACCUCUGUUCUCCACCUUCCGAUUCCUGCACCUCGACAAAGACGUCCCCUUCGUCCUCGUCAGGAACAAACACCUCCUAAUUCCAGAUCUACUCCUCCACCAUCCUCGCAGUGUGGUACGACGCGCAGCAGGACUCCAUCAGCCUGCAGCUCGGUGUCAGAUGUUCCCAUGUUGCGAUUGGGAGAGCGAGUUCUUGUGAUCGGUCAGAGGACAGGAGUUGUCCGAUUCUGCGGCAAGACCAGCUUUGCCCCAGGAAUUUGGCUUGGGAUUGAACUGGAUAAGCCCAGUGGGAAGAACAAUGGCUCUGUUGGAGGAGUGAAGUAUUUCAGCUGCCCGCCUAAACAUGGAGUAUUUGCUCCACCUUCACGAGUGCAGCGGAUCCAUGGUUCUGUGGACUGCCUGUCUGAACUGUCCUCCUCCCGAUCCAAUCCCACCUUCACUGGAAUGCGUCGUAGUUUGAGCACCACUUCAGCCAUCGCCACACAGCGAGAGCCAAAUCGGAAGACUCAAGUGAGCCGCAACCAUUUGUCCAGCACCCAGCGGCGGUGGACCUCCAUCAGUUUGGCCUCAGGUGUAGCCUCUCCUCGAGGUUCAGGCACUCUAGGUGGCAGCAUGAGUUCCUCCAGUACAGACAGCGCUGUCAAACUGCACCUGGGCAUGCAGGUCCUGCUCAUCAGCGCCAAUGAAAUGGGCAUCAUCCGCUACUUUGGCACUACUGACUUUGCACCAGGCCUCUGGCUGGGCCUGGAGUUGCGUAGUGCUAAGGGGAAGAAUGACGGUUCAGUUGGCUGUAGGCGGUACUUCAGCUGUCGGCCUUUCCAUGGUGUCCUGGUGCGCCCGAGCAGGGUCACGUACCGCGGUAUUAAUGGAGCCAAGCUGGUUGACGAAAGCAGCUGAGACCACAGGCUAUUAUCUUUUUCCCCACUUUCACCUGUCUCUCAGCUCAGUCAUGCUCUUUUUCUUCUAAUAAGCAGCUGGAUGGAGGGAUAUGCUGCCAGAGGAUGAGAUGAAGCACUUGGAAAGCACAAAGGACAGGGUUAUUAGUCAGCAAUUCAGUCUAUGUAAUGAGAUUUAUUAUUGUGUGUUGUUUGGGUUCUGGAUGAUGUUUACUGGGGAAUUUAGUUCAGUCAUUUGUUUUUGUCUUAGACAGCGUUCACCUUGGAAGUGAAGUCAGUUAUUUAAGUUAUAAUCAGUGACGUUAUGAUUAAGUUAACGUUAGUUUCUGAGAAUUUAAUGUUUUAUUUGGUUUGUUAAGUGAAUAGCUGAACAGUAGCAAGUUGUAAGCACUUUAAACAAAAACAAUGAGGAUUAUGACAAUGACUUUCAUCAAGCGCAUGGUGUAAUGAAAAGUGAACAUAUUCAUAUCAUGUUAUAAAGCACCCGUCAGGUAUUAUACACGUUGUCGAAAUGUUUAUGAAAAUUCAUUACGCUUUAGAGCAAUGUUUACUGUGCAUUAUGAAUUGUUAAUAUAAGUAGUGCUCAUAACAUAUUAGAGUACUUCACCAUUACCAAGGAAACCAAAAGGGUAAUAUGGGGAAGCCAUGGUCUAAUGGUUAGAGAAGCAGUUUUAGGACCAAAAGGUUGCUGGUUCAAUUCUCUGGACCAGCAGGAAUGGCUGAAGUGCCCUUGAGCAAGGCGCCUAACCCCUAACUGCUCCCCAGGCUGCUCCGAGUACGUUGUACAUCGCUCCGCAUAAGAGCUAAAUGCUAUUAAUGUCAUG